GCUCACGGCGGCGGCGGCGGCGGAGCGGAGAGGCCAGACCUAGAGACUGAGCUGGAAUCGGGCCCCGGGCGGGGCGUUCGAGCGGCACCAAGACGAUCCUAGGGGCGGGAAAGGAAUCGGGCCGGGCGGGACUGGAACGGAGCCCGGGAACGGGGCGGGAGGUCCCAGGGUCCCGGGUUGGGGGGGUGGAACCGCACUUCGUUUCCGCGGGGGUGCCGGGACUCCGGCCGCAGUGCCGCCGCCAUCACGGACUUCCUGUGGGACAAGCGCACGGGCCUCGCCGCCAGAACGAUGCCUCAUCCCCGAAGGUACCACUCCUCCGAGCGAGGUAGCCGGGGGAGCUAUCAUGAACACUAUAGGAGCCGAAAGCAUAAACGACGAAGAAGCCGCUCCUGGUCAAGUAGCAGUGACCGGACAAGGCGACGUCGACGGGAAGACAGUUACCAUGUCCAUUCUCGGAGCAGCUAUGAUGACCGUUCAUCUGACCGAAGGGCAUACGACCGGCGGUAUUGUGGCAGCUACCGGCGCAAUGACUACAGCCGGGACCGGGGAGAGGCAUACUAUGACCCAGACUAUCGGCAUUCCUACGAGUACCACCGGGAGAACAGCAGUUACCGCAGCCAGCGCAGCAGCCGCAGGAAGCACAGGCGGCGGAGGCGGCGCAGCCGGACGUUCAGCCGCUCCUCUUCGCACAGCAGCCGGAGAGCCAAGAGUGUAGAGGACGACGCUGAGGGCCACCUCAUCUACCACGUCGGGGACUGGCUACAAGAGCGAUAUGAAAUUGUAAGCACCUUGGGAGAGGGAACCUUUGGCCGAGUUGUGCAGUGUGUUGAUCAUCGCAGGGGUGGGGCUCGUGUUGCCCUGAAGAUCAUAAAGAAUGUGGAGAAAUACAAAGAAGCAGCUCGACUAGAGAUCAACGUGCUGGAGAAAAUCAAUGAGAAAGAUCCUGACAACAAGAACCUCUGUGUCCAGAUGUUUGACUGGUUUGACUACCAUGGCCACAUGUGUAUCUCCUUUGAGCUCCUGGGCCUUAGCACCUUCGAUUUCCUCAAAGACAACAACUACCUGCCCUACCCCAUCCACCAAGUGCGCCACAUGGCCUUCCAGCUGUGCCAGGCCGUCAAGUUCCUCCAUGAUAACAAGCUGACACAUACGGACCUCAAACCUGAAAACAUCCUGUUUGUGAAUUCAGACUAUGAGCUCACCUACAACUUAGAGAAGAAGCGUGAUGAGCGCAGUGUGAAGAGCACAGCUGUACGGGUGGUAGAUUUUGGCAGUGCCACCUUUGACCAUGAGCACCAUAGUACCAUUGUCUCCACUCGCCAUUAUCGAGCUCCAGAGGUCAUCCUUGAAUUGGGCUGGUCUCAGCCUUGUGACGUUUGGAGCAUAGGAUGCAUCAUCUUUGAAUACUAUGUUGGUUUCACUCUCUUCCAGACCCACGACAAUAGAGAGCAUCUAGCCAUGAUGGAAAGAAUCCUAGGUCCUAUCCCGUCCCGGAUGAUCCGGAAAACAAGGAAGCAGAAGUAUUUUUACCGGGGUCGCCUUGAUUGGGAUGAGAACACAUCAGCUGGGCGUUAUGUUCGAGAGAACUGCAAACCACUGCAGCGAUAUCUGACCUCAGAGGCAGAGGAACACCACCAGCUCUUCGAUCUGAUUGAAAGCAUGCUAGAGUAUGAACCUGCUAAGCGGCUGACCUUGGGUGAAGCCCUUCAGCAUCCUUUCUUCUCGCGACUUCGGGCUGAGCCACCCAAUGCCAAGUUGUGGGACUCCAGUCGGGAUAUCAGUCGGUGACGAUCGGGUCCUGGGUCCCCCUGCAUCUUUUAGAGCAGUGGGUGCCCAGUCCAGGACACUGGUGCUUUUUUAUAUACGAGUACAGAGCCGGAGCUCACUCGUUCUUCCUGGCUCCUCCACAUCUGUGAAUAUGUGAAAUAGUGUAAAUAUGACAGAACUUGUACCUAUCGCCCACACCCUGCCUUGUACAUAUCAUUCCAUCCCACCCUCAUCUGCCCCUUUACAUGAAGUUGGAUAGGGACAGAAUGAGGUAAUCAGGUGGCACCUACCCAGUGUUUUAUAAGGAAUUUUGUACAGUCUUUGUGAAAUAAAAUGACGUGCUUCCUCUGACCCC